UCCUCCGCCAGGCUGCGGCUGCGGGAGCAGCCCGGCUGGGGGCGGAGGCGGCGGCGAGUCGGUCUCUCCCCCGUCUCUGCGUGAUUCAGCAGCCUCCGCCGCCGCCGCUUCACAGGGGCACGGCGGCCCGCGCCAACGGCUGCCGCCCCCAACGGCGGCCCGCGCCAACGGCUGCCAGCCCCAACGGCUGCCGGCCCCAACGGCUGCCGGAGGCGGCCCGCCGCUCGCGCGCGCUCCCUCCCUCCCUCCGUCUCUCCCGCCUCCUCCCGUUCCCUCCCUCCCUGCGCAGACCCCGCUCCCUCGCUGCCGCCGCCCGCUGCGCAGAGCGCCGCACCGCACGGCGGGGGCAUGGCGAGCCAGCGCUGCUUCGCCAACCGCUUCGAUGACUACCAGGGCAGCCUGGCGGCGGAGCCGGGCAAGGAGGCGGCAGUGCCGCUGGUGACGGCCACCAUCGAGCGGAUCCUGCGGGAGCUGCCGCCGCUCGGCGGCGGCGCGGCGGGCGGCGCCCGCGGCUGCCAGGGCGGGCUGUACGGCGGCGUGGCCGGCGUGGCCUACAUGCUGUACCACGUCUCGCAGUGCCCGCUCUUCGCGCCGUCGCGGGAGGCCUACCUGCGGGCGGCCCGCCGCGUCGUGGACGCCUGCGUGCGCUACCAGGAAGGCGGCGGCGAGGCGGACGCCGACACCCGCGCCGCCUUCCUGCUGGGCGGCGCCGGGGUGUACGCGGUGGCGGCGCUGGUCUACCGCGCCCUGGGGCUGCCCGACUUCGCGCGGCCGCUGGGCAAGUUCCGGGAGCUGUGCGAGGUCUGCGCGCCCCUCUCCUUCCUCGAGUGCGGCUCCGACGAGCUCUUCGUGGGCCGCGCCGGCUACCUGUGCGCCGCGCUGGUGCUCAAGCAACGCCUGGGCAUGGAGGUGUUGACUCCGGCACAAAUAAAGUCCAUUUGCCUGGCCAUAUUAGAAUCAGGAAAGCAAUAUGCAGUGAAGAAGAGGAAACCAUUCCCGCUUAUGUACUCCUACUAUGGAACGGAGUAUCUGGGUGCAGCACAUGGGCUAUCAUCAAUCCUUCAGAUGUUACUCUCCUAUUAUGAGUACCUCCAGCCAGCAGAUCAGGAGCUUGUGUGGCAGAGCGUUGACUUUCUUAUGGACCAAGAACAGAACAGCAACUGGCCUCCUGAGCUGGGAGAGACAAUUGAGCGGGAGAAUGAGCUUGUUCACUGGUGUCAUGGAGCUCCAGGCAUUGCAUAUCUGUUUGCCAAAGCUUACCUGGUUUCCAAGAAGCCUCAAUAUCUGGACACUUGCAUCCGCUGUGGAGAGCUAACUUGGCAGAAAGGCCUGUUGAAGAAGGGACCAGGAAUCUGCCAUGGGGUGGCUGGUAGUGCCUAUGUGUUCCUGCUCCUAUACAGGCUCACUGGGAACUCCAAAUACAUAUACAGGGCACAAAGGUUUGCAGAGUUCUUAUUUACAGAAGAAUUUAAGGCUGGUUCCCGGGCAUUAGAAAGUGUAUAUAGUCUGUAUGAAGGCUUCUCGGGGACUGUGUGUUUCCUGACUGAUUUGCUGCAACCCAACCAAGCUGAGUUCCCUCUCUUCAGUGUCUUUGUCUAGCAAAUAACAUGCUCCAAGGCCACAGCCUCAUGGCUAUCGGAGAGGGCACCUGCAGUUUCACUUAUCUGUCAGGAGAGGUUCUUUACAAAACAAGCCAGUGGUACCACUAAUGCUAGCCUUAAUGUAGCUGGGAGACAGGUGAAAAAGUAAAUACACUGGGGCUUUGGGAGGGAAGUGUGUGAUUGGGGGUAAAAAAAUGGUUCAGUGAAAAAAAAGGGGGGGAAUGACUGAAUCUGAUGGGGGUAGAUAUUUAGCUGUAAUAAGAAGCAAAAUCUUCUAAUUAUUCAAGUGAGAGAGAAAGAGGCAUUAUCAAACUGUUAAUGUGGUGAUUACACAGGAAAAAAAAAGGCAAGCUAGAAUUACAGGGACAUGCAAAGAAAAAACAAAGCGAUAUAUCCAAUAGUCUUUAAAAAGAGACCUGAAGAAACAAGUCUUUACGCAGCAAUGCACUUAUAAAGGAGUGUGGCCUAGAUAUGUCACUACACUGCACAAAGGCAAAACCUGGGAAUUUUUACGUAAACUACAUUUACUAGUACUAGAAACGUAUUAAAAAUACCUGUAUCUUGGAGCUCUUUCAUCUUCAUAUGCAUAUAAUGGUAGUUGUAUAGCUGUAUGUUCAGUCUGCAGUUUCACAGGUUCAUUUCAGCUAGUGGGGUUUCAUGGGUGUAAAUGAGAACUGAAUUUGACCUUUUCUCUCAGAGCUCAGUCUGUGGUGAGGAGCUGGUCUCCUUAUCGACUUACUGUAGAAGUCUCACUUCUUACCAAUACCUUCCCUCUCAGAGGGAAGAUGAAUACAGCCAUGUAGAAGACUUAGAUCGGAAAGUUUUGUAGCAAAGAUACAGCAGGCAGAUGCUUUCAUCCCAGUACAGCAUUGCUAGAUAAAUAUUGUUCAGCAAUACAAAAACUUCCUUUAAAUAUUAAUUUCCUAUAGCAAGAUUACUGAACAAUAAUAUACAGAUUUCAGAGAAUGGAAAAAAUAUCUUCCUGAUGAAUUGCUCACUACAAACCCUACAAAUUGAAUGCAAACUUUUGAUGGCAUACAGAGCUUAAGAAAAUCCUGAUAAAACUCAAAAUUGCUUCUUUUCCUCGUUAACAAAAUAAUGUAUAUGCCCAAAUGAUUUAUAGCUGUAGAAAUACAUGGUUUGCUCAACACUAGUUGCACUAGCACUUAAGGUUGCAAUUAUAUCCUAUUUUUGUAUACAUUAUAUAUAUACGAUAUGAUAAUUGAAAGCUAAAAAACAUGCUAACAUAGAUCUGUACUCAGAAAGCUAUAAAAGCAAAUAUCUGUAUUUAAAAUAUAUUUGACUAUUUAUUUAUUUUUAUUUAUACUGGAAUACAAUUACCUUUGAAGACAUAUUGGGAAGAAUGGUAGGUCAAAAAUCACAAUUAGAGUGAAAAAAACUGACAUACAUGCACUGCCAAGCAUUGCAGUCUCUCCCUAAAUCCUCAGCUGGAAGCGAUUCUAGUUUGCUUUAUUUUUAAUGCCUAAUCCAUUAUAGAUCCCACUUGCUUUCAGUGGGCUUUGAUCAGACUGCAGAAUGGAGUCAGGUCUUGCAAUCCUUCUACAUUUUAAUAUACUAAUCCCAUUCCUACCUGUGUCACUGUUAUUUUAAUGGGAUGACUUGCCUUAUUAUGAGCUACAGAUUAAGAUUUCUGCUAUUUAGUCUUGCACUCUGCAGCUCUAAUUAGUUACUUCAGCCCAGGAGUAACAACUUUUCCCUGGUGAAUAAAGCAGCACUGUUCUGUAUCAGCUUGUCAAAUACUUAGGAAUCUUUUGAUGAAAAAAAUGUUAAAAUUCAAUAUACAGUUGUUACAUGUUGUUUAUUCUGUGGGAUAAAAGAUCUUUUAAGAAAGCCAUUAAUUUCACUUACUUCAUUAUGGUGAGCAGGGAGAUGUGAACACAUAGGAGUACAUAUUUCAUAGGGAGCUAAACAUAUGAGGCUAAAUCAAAAGUCAAUGGGAAUGCUCAUAUGCUUUGCACGGCCAUGUUUUAAGGCUCCUGUUAGAUCACAGCAAAAUCCAUUUUCAGUAGUGCAGAUUCUAAGUCCAUUUGGGUUCUUAUCUAGUUACUUGCUGUAAUUUGGAUGGCUAAUAUAGUUCAUAACUGGAAUCUUUUUAAACAGAUGGCUAAGGAAGGCAAAACUUUUGGCCUAUCCACUUUGUCUCUGUGGUCAAUAGUUUUUCAAUCUAAACUGAAGGGUAACAUUAUUCAGCUAAAAUGUACAAGUAACUAUAUUUGAGCCACAGCAUUUAGGUAGCUAUUCUAAUUGUAUUUUAUUUUAAGACAGAGAAAUGAAUUCUGCUAUGAUCUGGACUCAAGGCUGUUAUAAUCCUAUACAUAUUAUAAAUCAUUUAAUCUACAGAUGCAUACUUAAAAAAAGAAAGCCUAGCGUUUUGAUAACUAAACAGUCAUAAAAACUCCCAAACUUAAGCCUUAAAAGAAUCUCUGCAUAUCAGCACAGUAAUCAUCACCUUUUGAUUUUGUCUCCAGUGCAUACUCUUUAAUUUUCUCUGGGCCACAACAUUUAAUUGUAUCCAGUUAGUUAUUUCUCAGGAGAUGCUUGAAGAGGAUCUUUGCCAAAACUUCAGUAAAUCUAGAGCACAAUAAAUAAAUACAGUAAUUUAGAUCCUGACCAAAUCAUGAGUGCUGAUAUUGUAACAUACAAACCACCUAUAUGUUAAAUUGUACCAUAAUAGUUGUUGAUAAGAUCACUCUGCUUUAUUAUGCAUAACUUCUAACAGUCAUGUUUGUAUUUACCUUUUAAUGUAAUUCUUCAUAAAUGGCAGGAAAUGUGUUAAGAAUUCAGCAUCAGUCUUCUGGUGGUUUUCAUGCUGUCUCUCUGUUGAAUGAAUCCCUUCCAAUUUCUAUUCAGAGAAGAUUCUGAUUUGCUGUGUGUUGUACUGUAAAGUACCAGCAAAACAAUCUUCUGUCUUUGCAUCUCUCCUUCAUGUACGUAAUGCUUAGUUUUGUGUUUGGCUUCAUUUGAUAGGAAUCCUGUGAGAAAGAAAACACUUAAUGUGAGUAAGAGUUAGUGUAUUCUUACUCAUUUUACAAUGAGAAAAGUGAUGCAACUCCCUGGUUAUCAAAAACCAGGUCCCAAACAUCGCUCUGCAAGUCUAUGCAAGUUUGGCACUGACUUCAGCAAGAGCAGCAUGCCAACUUUGUUUACUGACACUUAAAAUACAAAUAACUAACAUAAAAAUACAGUCUCUUGGACUACAUUUCAUAAAAUCUUGGAGUGUAAUUAUUCAUCAAUUUCAUCAGACAGUACCUUUGGCACUUUGAGCUCAUUCUUACUGCUGCACUGCUUUUCUUACCUGACCUAGCUGGAUUAAGGUGGUUAUGUCUAGGUGUACUGUAGUUAGAGCUUCUGAACACAGUGAAAAUAUACCCUUGGGCUCAUCUGAAAAUGCUAACCAUUACAUGAACGUGUCUUUUUUUUAUCUUUUUCCUCCUCUUCUAUCUGCUUUUUUUUCCCAUUUGUACUAUUUUAAACAUAUGCUGUGGCAACCUUUAUGUGUUGCUUUUAAGACAAUCAGGAAAGCAACCUGAGUAGAGCCAAUGGCACUUUUCAGUGUGAUAAAAAAAAUAAGGUCCUUUAUGUUCCCUCCUUACUGCUCCAAGAAGUUGCUUAUGCAACCUUUGCUAGACAUCCUCAGCUGGAUGUUAUUUCCUCCUGCUCCAGAAUCAAGCCCUAAUAGACUGAAAAACUGUAUGCCCGAACAGAUUCUGCCACGGUGCUGUGACAAAAGACUGUGUUACCAGAACCUUGAGAAGCCUCUUUCAAAGUGUAAAACAUAAGUUACUGAAUCUUGUUUGCACAUUAACCUCUUUACUGUGUUUGGUUUCUAAAGUGUAGGCAAUAGGAAUUUAGGUGAUAUAAUAGUGAUUAUGCUUUUAAAGCAAAGAGGAUGCAUUGUGUGGGUAUUGGUGCUUUUUUGUGAUGUACUUGUGUUCGUGUGAUGCUCUUUGUGAGUAAAGCUGUAGAUUUACAAAUCAGUUUAAGGAGCUAUAUACUAUGCAUGACUGUUGGUAAGUUAUCCACAGAUUACUGUCAUGGAACACUUUUGAGGAAAAUUAGAUCUGUAAUGUCAAGAUCUAAUGAUUUCAGGAUUCAUAGCGCCAGAUGCAAUACGUGUUUCAGCAAAGUAUAGUUCUAACAAAUACCUUAAUUUUUUCCUACCACUCACAAUUUCUUAGGAUCAGAAUAUAUUUGUUCUGUGCCACUGGUUUAAAUAACUGCUUUGUUUGCAUUAUGUUUCCUUCAGUUUCCUUCCCAAUCUAUGAAUUACUUCAGAAAGCUGAAGAGGUAGCCCAGGUCUUCUGCUAUUGACAAUAAGAUGGAUCAAUUUCAUUUAAGAGGGGUUGUCUACUUAUUUAGAUGACAUUAUUUUUACACUCCCAGCUAGUCUCUUUUCUCUGAUAACGCCAUUUCCCACCUGCUAAGUAAAAAUCGUUAUACAGUGUAAGAACUGUCACUGAUGUUUUGCAUCCUUGGAUGAAACACUAGAGUGACUUUCUAGGGACUAUGUUCACUUCUCUAGUAUCUCAAUUCUAUUAUGACAAUCAAAAGUAAUUCAGUAAAAUCGCUAAACAUCCCAAAGUAUACAUUUAAAUAGUUGUGCAAAAUAUGCACAAAUGAAUGCAAGUAAAGUGAUCAUGCUUUUCACUACUCUGUGUAAUUAAUGCCACUUUGGUGUUCUAAUACUCAUUAUAGGCACAUGCAGAGAAUAUAAUAAGAAUAUAGAUUAGUUUUUAAAAUCCUGUAGAAAAACUAAAUGUGGGUAACUGAUGUGUUCAGAAACAUACAGGUGAAAUGUGUACAAAUGGAAACUUUCAUAAGCAAUCAGAUCUUUGUAUGUAAAUCAUUAUUUGCAUAUAUAGUUAUAGCAUCUACCAACACAUUGCAUGUUUUCUGUAAACAAUGCCCUAUUUUAGCAUAUGCAGGCAUUUUGAGAAAAUAUCCUUGUUACUUGUUUUGAAAAUUUGACCUAUAAUAUCCAUGGACAGAAUGUAUUUCUGAGGUCUGCCAUAUAAUCGCAAGUCUGGUAAUCUUUUUCUAUGUACCUUGAACAUCCGCUGGCAUGUAUACAUUUUCUAAUCAGUAGGAAGAGUAGCAUAUCUGGACUAAGAAUUGCUCUGCAGAUUUGAAAGAGUAAACUUCCUGUAAAGAAAGAACUAUACAGUUGAGCAAUUGUUGGCUAAUAGCGCUGUUCAGAUUUUUCUGAGAAGACAUUUGUAUUUAUACUUAAAUGUGCUGGAUUAAGUAGUAAGCAGCAUUAACAUUAAAUUGAAAAGUUAUAAGAAAAUGACCAAAAAUCACCUUAUUUAGGGAAGAACAUACUGCAAAGCCAUAAGCCAGAAAUGCUCAGGGCCCACAAGACAAUACAACAAUUUAGAGAUGUGAAUAGGCAUUUUCCAAGAAAACAACACAGAGUUUGCUUCAUUGCACAGAUAUUGGUACAGUAUGUGCUGUACUUAACAGGUUCUAGCUGCCUUGGACAUUUCAUUGCCAUUAUAGUGAAGUCACUAUAAACACACCUGCUGAAAAAAUUCUGCCUAUGGGAGAAUUGCCUGUGAUUGAACCUAUUGCCUUUCCAAUCUUUAAUGGAAUAAAAGUGAUAUAAACUAUGAAUGCUUAGACAGUUUGAAAAAAAAAAUCCAAAAAGCCAACAUGCACAAACUUUUUGACCUUACUUUGAUCUAUUAAAAUUCCUGACUAAUCUGUACUGUCACUGAUGUCACUGCUGGUCCUGUACACUGUGUAUUUAAAAUUUCACAUCAUGCUCUGAAAAAAGUCAAUCCAUAAACAGCAAACUGCUUUAAAAUAUGUAAAGCUGUAUUUAUCUUUAAUAUAUACAAGGGAGUCCCUUGACUUUGUUCAUGCCAUGACUCAAAGGGAAGGUGGAGGCAGUUAGGUCAAUACAGCAAUAUCAACUAAAAUGGCAGAAAAAUAAUUAAAAACUUAUUUUGCAUAGUGGUAUAAUGAUAUUUGAAUAAAAUAUGUCGUAUAAUGCAGCGAUACUCAUCAACAGCACUGCAUGACUGUAUCCCUCCCAAAAAUUUCAUAUAGAAGUCCUGAAGUCAAUUACAUCCUGUACUGAGUGUAAAGUGAAUCCUAUUAAAGCAUUUAUUUCCACUUCAUACAGAAGAGUAAUACUAUCUAACCUGCAAUUGAACUCAAUUUCUGUCUUCACUACCAGGAACACAAAUGAGAGAAGAAAAGAUUUCCUCUAACAAUGGUCUGUUUUUGCCACUGAUUUGGUCUUGAGCACUCAUUUUAAGGGCCUGAUCCGCCACCCACAGAAAAUGGUGAAUCUCCAUUAGACUUCAGGGGUGCAAGGUCAGUCCCUUCCACCUGUUUGAAAUAGGGGCAAAACUGCAUCAUUCUGAGCCCCAAACGUGCAAACAUUUGUGCACAUGUGCUUCCCUAAACUCACAUGAGAUGCAUGUUGCUCCUGAGGCCCAUGGGAUUAGUAAGACUUGUUCAUAUAGUAACAGGAAAGCACAGGCGUUUGCAUGUACAGGGCCCUAUCUGAUAGCAGUUUUAUACCUGAAUACCAAUAAAAAGUACAGGGAACUUAAUGGCAUUACUAACAAAGGGUAUUAUUUAAUAUCUAGUUUGUGUUGGUGACACUUGAUUAUUCAAUAUAUUCUAGCAUAUGAUGUCCAUUUCUUGAGUACAUGCUGCAUCCUAGAUUCAUUUCUCAGUGUAAUAGCGAUUCACAGCCAUAGUAACGUAUGCUAUAGUCCCUUUAGAAUCAAGAUUGAUUUGAUUCUUUAGAAAUGCACCUUAUUGUUUAAAAGCAGGACUCCUGCUGUUCUAAUGUUUUAAACACUGUGAUCUCUCAGAAUGUGUUUAUUGUACUAGUUUUGUAUUGUAGAUUAUGAUAGAAACUGGAUUUUAUAGCUUUUUAAAAGCAGUGUUAAUAUUAGGCUUCAUAGUGACAGAACAAACUCUGUGUAUACCCAUAUUAUUAAUAUAAAAGCUGUGAUUAUCUUUUGCCUUAAAUAAAAACCCAACAAAUAUUACAA